AUGACGGAAUCCUCCAAGGCAAUCCACGCAACACUCAUCCACUCACUCUCUCCUGCUCAACUCCAAGUCAUCCCCGACGCCCUCAUCACCGUCUCCUCUUCCGGUACUAUCCUCACUCUCCAGCCCAACGUCCCCCCAUUGAACAUCUCCAAUAUCCUCGCUGAGCAAAACAUUGCGAAUAUUCCUCUCACUACACUCUCCCAUGGCCAAUUCCUCAUCCCAGGCUUCGUCGACACGCACAACCACGCGCCGCAAUGGAUGCAGCGAGGCCUCGGCCAAGGAAUGCACAUCCUCGACUGGCUCGACGGCAUAACUUUUCCCAACGAAGCCAAGUUUGAAGAUGCGUCCUAUGCGGAAAAAGUCUAUGAAAAGCUCGUUCGGGGGAUGCUCAGGCAGGGCGUCACGACGGCGUCGUACUAUGGCUCUCUUCAUGGGGAGGCAACUCGCGUGUUGGCAUCUACUUGCUUGAGAGGAGGUCAGAGGGCUCUGAUAGGGAAAUGCAACAUGGAUCAAAACUCACCAUCGUUUUACUGCGAGACUUCGGCUGAGGAGUCUAUUUCUGCGACGAAAGCUUGUAUUCAGCACAUUCGAACUAUUGAUCCUGAGGGCUCUCUCGUUAAGCCUGUUCUGACGCCUCGUUUUGCAAUAUCUUGUACGGCACAGUUGCUUAAAUCUUUGGGAGAAAUGGCGCACGAAGAUCCUUCUCUGGCGAUUCAGACGCAUUUCAACGAGGCUGCUCAGGAAAUCAACGCCACGUUAUCUCUCUUUCCGGAAUUUAGCAACGAAGCUGACUUGUACUCGUCCUUUGGACUUCUCACGCCGCGAAGCAUCCUUGCGCACUGCACCAUCAUGACGCCGUAUGAGAUCAACAAGCUGCAAGACUUGGGAUGUGGCGUCGCUCAUUGUCCUACUGCCAAUAUGACCGUUGGAGGAGGCUUCAUGGCUGCUCCUGUCAAAGAGUUUCUUAGGAAGGGGAUUAACGUCGGUCUAGGGACGGAUUCGGGUGGUGGAUAUAGUUCGAGCAUGUUGAAUGCUAUGAGGCAUUCUCUCAUCACUUCGUAUGCGCGAGAGGCACUGUAUCCUAAAUUCGAGUCCGGGAAGGGUGAAAGCGUUAGCAAAGAAGGAGGCGGAGGAGAAACACUGAGCUUGGAAGAGGUGUUUUACAUGGCUACCAAGGGAGGCGCCAAAGUCGUGGGUUUCGAUCAACAGGUUGGUGGAUUUGCUGUUGGGAUGGAGUUUGACGCGUUGGUGAUUGAUAUGCGGGAUGGGCGGGAGGGGGUCAAUGUACCGUUGGAUGAGGAGAGUGAUUCGGUGGAGAGGAUGCUGGAGAAGUUUGUCAUGACGGGGGAUGAUCGGAAUAUUGCGCAGGUGUAUGUUAGAGGGAAGUUGGUUCAUGGAGGGGAUGCUUAG